UAAUGAGGGUUUUCUUUGCCCACCAGAGUUCGAGCUUGAAACACCAGGGCGCCUAAACCUGCGAGAGGCAGCGGAAACCACAAGCAUAAACCUGGUGCUUGAUAAAUCUCGUGCUACAAUGGGUGUCGCUAGAUCGGGCCCUGAUGGUGCUGCUAAAACGGAAGCCUAUCAAAGAAAAGUUGACAAACUUGCGAAGAAAUUGAAAUUUUAUACUAGUGUCAAAGAUACUGUUGUAUCUUUAGCAGAAAAGAAGACAAUUAAUAAGAAAAGAAGAAUAAGAAGUCGGCAGCGGAAGGCGAAAGCAUAUGAUCUCUUGUCUCUAGUUGAGUUCCUUCCGAAUCUAGAUGAUCUCAAACAGCCCGCUCCUCAUCCGUUGAAGUUGAAGGUGGACUGCAAAAAUAGACGAAAGCUAUUGGAAAAGGAACACGAUCAGUUCAGAGCAGUCCUUGAUCAUCCUGCUUUCCAGUUAGACCCCAUAGCUGCCGUAUACCAGCAUCUUGACCAGAAGUAAGAAAGGUGCUGCUUAUGGUUCUAAGAGAACAAAACGAUCAAAAUCCAAGAUAUUACCUGACGCUCAAUCCAUGCUCCUGAAUUGAUAUGCUGGCUUCGAAUGAAAGUUCUUCCUUAUUGUUUCCAAAAGAAAAAACAAGAUAAGAACGUUUUGAAUCCUGGUUAUAACUGUUUCCAAAGUAACCCCCCCUGCUCUCUUAACCAAGAUCCUAAUCAGCUCAUGCAUGAAUAUAUGGCUACUGUUAUUCUUGGAUGGGAUUGUAUUUUGUGGGGGGGAGGAUAUCUAUUAUUCAUCAAAUCGAAUUUAUUAAA